AUGGAUUCGUCAGCUGCGGAAUCGUCGCACGAACCUUCUGCGACGGAUACCCCACCAACAGAUGCAACAACUCCGGUACAGGCGACACCUGCACCAGACUCGGCUUCUUCAGAUACGCCUGCACCAGAUACGCCUGCACCAGAUACGCCUGCACCAGAUGCGUCUGCACCAGCGCAUGCGGAGCCUGUAACGGGCUCUGCACUCGCAUCCGCCACCACGGUACAGUCUGACCAAUCGCCGGCUGCACCAGACGGUACACCAGUGACGUCAGACACGCCCGUAUCCUCGUCAGCAGGAGACGCAAGCGGUCCCAUUACUGCUGGUUCCGACGUUCAGCCAGCGCCUUCUGACCUGGCACCGUCGGUUGGGUCCGACAGCGAUCCUGUCACGUCGUCCGGCCCUGCUCGCCGCAGCGAAGGCGUUGCGGAGAGUCGGGAGGACGGCGCAACUGCUGGCGGAAGGAAUGGCGGAAAUGGUGAAGCGCAGGGAAGCGAAGUGCGCGGAGGGGGAAGCGGCCGAGGGGGAAGCGAGGGAAGGGGGAGAGGUAGGGAAGCUACUAGGACGACCAGCAGCAGCGGCAGAAGCGGCGGCAGGUCCGCUAAGCCAGGUUCUGACGCAGCAAGGCGGUACACCGCCGAGGCAUCUGCUCCGCCGCCCUCGCUACUGGAACAGGCGCAAGCGUUACCCGGUUGCUCGCUCUUCUCCAAGGGCCUGCAGUCGCUUCGCUCGUCGCUCGCCAGCCCUUCGCCUGAGUCUUCGCCAAGCCCUGCGACAGGGAGAACAGGUGGAGGUGGGGGAGGUGGUCAGUCUGUCCCAGGUAGUGGGGGUGGGGCAGCAGGAACAGGACGAGGAACGGCAGGAGGAGCGGCGGGAGGAGAAACAGGAGGAGCGGCGGAAGGAGGAGGAAGAGAAGGGAGAAAAGGAGGCGUAAGUGGGGCAGGAAGCACGCCUGGCGCCACAACUGGGUCAGACGGACCAGUGGUCCGCAGCGCAUCAGGGGGGGCAGGGCUGGGCGGGCUGGUGGGGGGGGGAGCGACAGUGGACGGCGCAGCAGUGCGCGAGUCCGCCAAGGAGGUGCUCAAGAGCGCGGAGAAGCUGCAGGAGAACGCGCGCGCUGCCCUGGGGUCGUUCUUCACGUCCCUCUCUGAGAAGGGCACAGGCGCGCCUGGAGGGAGUAGCAGUGGUAGUGCGAGCGGUGGGAGUGGGAGCGGGAGUGGCAGGCAGGCGGCAGCAGAGGCUGCGGCGGCAGCAGCUGCUGGGAUGCAGCAGCUAUGGCAGUCGUUCUCGGUCUCUGCUGCUCCUGCUGCUCCGGCUGCAGGUGCUGGGCGUGGUGCAGGCCAGGGCAGGGGGCGAGGGAGGGGUGGUCGUGGUGGCGGUGGGAGGGGUGAGAGGCAGGGAGGAGCAGGUGAGGGAGAAAGGGCGGGAGGAGGGAAGGGAGAAGGCAAGGCAGAAAGGAUGGUAGAAGGGAAGGGAGAAGGGAAGGUGGCAGCAACAGUGGUGGCCGGAGGCAGUAACGCAGGAGAGGGUGCAAAGGGAGCAGGAGAAAAGAAGGGAGAAGGAGAGAAAGGGGCAGAGGCAGGCACACGGGAGGAGGGGCGGACGGCGGGAGCUGGAGAAAUGAAGGAAGUGGAGGAGGAGGAGGAGGAGGAGAAGGAGGAAGGGGCGGUUGGGAAGGAGGGGGGAACUGAGAAGGCGGAGAAUGAGGGGGAGAAAGGGGAGGAAGGGGGGGACGUUGACGGGGGGGAUGACUUGGUGGCGGAGAUCCUAGAGUGGGCGGCGACUGCAGGAGAGGACGCGGAUGAGGACACAGAAGCGGCGUUUGCUGCUGUUAUGGAUGCCCUGGGUAGUGUGGGCGAGGAGGAGGAGGAUGGGGAGGAGGGCAAGGGUGGUAGUGGGAGUGGUGGUGGUGGUGAUGGUGAUGGUGCUGGUGCUGGUGCUGGUGAUGAUGCUGGUGCUGGUGGUGAUGCUGCUGGUGAGAUAAGAGAAGAGGCAGGGUCAGAGGGAGGAGGAGGAGGCGUUAGGCUGAGCUCUGCUGACAAGGGGAAGGCGAUUGCCACAGAGGAGGAUGACCCAGGGGUCGGGACAGGGGAGCAAAUGGCACAGGCAGAGAAAGAGGCGGCGAAGCAAGCAGAAGCAGAGAAGCAAGCAGAGGCAGAGGCCCAAGCGCAGAGGCAGGCGCAGUUAAAGGCUGAGAAGCUGGCUAAGGCACAGGCGAAAGCACGUGCUCAGGCGCAGGCACAGGAGCAAGCAGCAGCCGCAGGAGCAGCAGCGGCGGCUGCAGCAGCAGCAGCCGCCGCGACUGCAAGCCAGGCCCUUGGCUCUUUCACUAAGGGAUUCAUGGAAGGCACACGGGGGUGGGUGGAGGAGAGUAAGAAGGGUUUAUUAGAUGGGACUAAGGGCCUGGUUGAAGGGACUAAGGAGCUUGUUGGUGAAGGUACUAAGGGGUUUGUGAUAGGGACGAGAGGGUUGAUGGAGGCGACUAAGGAGUUGGUGGAGGAAGGGAGGAAGGAGAUAGUGGAAGGGACGAUGGAGUGGGUUGAAGAGGGAAAGAAGGGGAUUGCGGGUGGUACAAAGGUGUUACAGGACGGUUCGAAGGUGAUUCAGGAUAGGACGAAGGGGCUGGUGGAGCGGUCGCAGAGUGCGGCAAAGGCGAUUCAGACGCAGGCGAAGCACAUGGCGUCGCACGGCAAGAGGCGGUUUCAGCAGGGCGGGUUUGACCUGGAUAUGACGUACAUCACUGCGGGGGUGAUUGCCAUGGGGUUUCCCGCUGGCGGCGACGCGAACGCUGGCAUCAUGAGAAGUGACGCAUGUCUGUGUGCAGGAAGUGACGCAUGUCUGUGUGCAGGAAGUGACGCAUGUCUGUGUGCAGGAAGUGACGCAUGUCUGUGUGCAGGAAGUGACGCAUGUCUGUGUGCAGGAAGUGACGCAUGUCUGUGUGCAGGAAGUGACGCAUGUCUGUGUGCAGGAAGUGACGCAUGUCUGUGUGCAGGAAGUGACGCAUGUCUGUGUGCAGGAAGUGACGCAUGUCUGUGUGCAGGAAGUGACGCAUGUCUGUGUGCAGGAAGUGACGCAUGUCUGUGUGCAGGAAGUGACGCAUGUCUGUGUGCAGGAAGUGACGCAUGUCUGUGUGCAGGAAGUGACGCAUGUCUGUGUGCAGGAAGUGACGCAUGUCUGUGUGCAGGAAGUGACGCAUGUCUGUGUGCAGGAAGUGACGCAUGUCUGUGUGCAGGAAGUGACGCAUGUCUGUGUGCAGGAAGUGACGCAUGUCUGUGUGCAGGAAGUGACGCAUGUCUGUGUGCAGGAAGUGACGCAUGUCUGUGUGCAGGAAGUGACGCAUGUCUGUGUGCAGGAAGUGACGCAUGUCUGUGUGCAGGAAGUGACGCAUGUCUGUGUGCAGGAAGUGACGCAUGUCUGUGUGCAGGAAGUGACGCAUGUCUGUGUGCAGGAAGUGACGCAUGUCUGUGUGCAGGAAGUGACGCAUGUCUGUGUGCAGGAAGUGACGCAUGUCUGUGUGCAGGAAGUGACGCAUGUCUGUGUGCAGGAAGUGACGCAUGUCUGUGUGCAGGAAUGCAUGGUUCACACACGUGCGUCACUUCCUCGAGACGUACCCAUGUCCAUCACUACCCAAUCUCCCUCUUCUUCCUUCUCUCCCUUCGCCUCUCUUCCCUCUUCGGUCUGUACCGCAACCAUGUCACGGACGUGCUUUACUUCCUCGAGACAUACCACAAGGGUCGCUACAUGAUCAUCAACCUGUGCUCGGAGCCCCUCUACCAGUACGACCCCUCUGUCUUCCACGGCCGUGGUCGCUACAUGAUCAUCAACCUGUGCUCAGAGCCCCUUUACCAGUACGACCCCUCUGUCUUCCACGGUCGUGUUGGCGCUUUCCCCAUUGCCGAGGGGCAGGUGCCGCCCCUGCCCAUCAUUCUAAACUUUUGCUUGACUGCCCGGGCUUGGCUGAGUGCUUCUGAAGACCGGAGAAAGCCGAUUGUGGGGGGCAGAGUGAGCGAGGAGGCGAAGGUUGGGCAGGAGGGUAAGGUUGGGAAGGAGGGGGAGGGGAAGACAGAGUGGAGUGAUCGCAUGCUCGUGAUUCACUCCAAGGAGGGGCUGGGCCGCACAGGCCUCAUGACCUCCUCCCUGCUGCUCUUCCUCAACGUACGUCUCCAGUUCUUCAUAAAGUUUUUGCCCACUGCUGGUGGUACUUUUGAGAAGUCUCAAAAGUACCAUCAACUCCUGCUCUUCCUCAACGUACGUCUCCGGUUCUUCAUAAAGUUUUUGCCCACUGCUGGUGGUACUUUUGAGAAGUCUCAAAAGUACCAUCAACUCCUGCUCUUCCUCAACGUACGUCUCCGGUUCUUCAUAAAGUUUUUGCCCACUGCUGGUGGUACUUUUGAGAAGUCUCAAAAGUACCAUCAACUCCUGCUCUUCCUCAACGUACGUCUCCGGUUCUUCAUAAAGUUUUUGCCCACUGCUGGUGGUACUUUUGAGAAGUCUCAAAAGUACCAUCAACUCCUGCUCUUCCUCAACGUACGUCUCCGGUUCUUCAUAAAGUUUUUGCCCACUGCUGGUGGUACUUUUGAGAAGUCUCAAAAGUACCAUCAACUCCUGCUCUUCCUCAACGUACGUCUCCGGUUCUUCAUAAAGUUUUUGCCCACUGCUGGUGGUACUUUUGAGAAGUCUCAAAAGUACCAUCAACUCCUGCUCUUCCUCAACGUACGUCUCCGGUUCUUCAUAAAGUUUUUGCCCACUGCUGGUGGUACUUUUGAGAAGUCUCAAAAGUACCAUCAACUCCUGCUCUUCCUCAACGUACGUCUCCGGUUCUUCAUAAAGUUUUUGCCCACUGCUGGUGGUACUUUUGAGAAGUCUCAAAAGUACCAUCAACUCCUGCUCUUCCUCAACGUACGUCUCCGGUUCUUCAUAAAGUUUUUGCCCACUGCUGGUGGUACUUUUGAGAAGUCUCAAAAGUACCAUCAACUCCUGCUCUUCCUCAACGUACGUCUCCGGUUCUUCAUAAAGUUUUUGCCCACUGCUGGUGGUACUUUUGAGAAGUCUCAAAAGUACCAUCAACUCCUGCUCUUCCUCAACGUACGUCUCCAGUUCUUCAUAAAGUUUUUGCCCACUGCUGGUGGUACUUUUGAGAAGUCUCAAAAGUACCAUCAACUCCUGCUCUUCCUCAACGUACGUCUCCAGUUCUUCAUAAAGUUUUUGCCCACUGCUGGUGGUACUUUUGAGAAGUCUCAAAAGUACCAUCAACUCCUGCUCUUCCUCAACGUACGUCUCCAGUUCUUCAUAAAGUUUUUGCCCACUGCUGGUGGUACUUUUGAGAAGUCUCAAAAGUACCAUCAACUCCUGCUCUUCCUCAACGUACGUCUCCAGUUCUUCAUAAAGUUUUUGCCCACUGCUGGUGGUACUUUUGAGAAGUCUCAAAAGUACCAUCAACUCCUGCUCUUCCUCAACGUACGUCUCCGGUUCUUCAUAAAGUUUUUGCCCACUGCUGGUGGUACUUUUGAGAAGUCUCAAAAGUACCAUCAACUCCUGCUCUUCCUCAACGUACGUCUCCGGUUCUUCAUAAAGUUUUUGCCCACUGCUGGUGGUACUUUUGAGAAGUCUCAAAAGUACCAUCAACUCCUGCUCUUCCUCAACGUACGUCUCCGGUUCUUCAUAAAGUUUUUGCCCACUGCUGGUGGUACUUUUGAGAAGUCUCAAAAGUACCAUCAACUCCUGCUCUUCCUCAACGUACGUCUCCAGUUCUUCAUAAAGUUUUUGCCCACUGCUGGUGGUACUUUUGAGAAGUCUCAAAAGUACCAUCAACUCCUGCUCUUCCUCAACGUACGUCUCCAGUUCUUCAUAAAGUUUUUGCCCACUGCUGGUGGUACUUUUGAGAAGUCUCAAAAGUACCAUCAACUCCUGCUCUUCCUCAACGUACGUCUCCAGUUCUUCAUAAAGUUUUUGCCCACUGCUGGUGGUACUUUUGAGAAGUCUCAAAAGUACCAUCAACUCCUGCUCUUCCUCAACGUACGUCUCCAGUUCUUCAUAAAGUUUUUGCCCACUGCUGGUGGUACUUUUGAGAAGUCUCAAAAGUACCAUCAACUCCUGCUCUUCCUCAACGUACGUCUCCGGUUCUUCAUAAAGUUUUUGCCCACUGCUGGUGGUACUUUUGAGAAGUCUCAAAAGUACCAUCAACUCCUGCUCUUCCUCAACGUACGUCUCCAGUUCUUCAUAAAGUUUUUGCCCACUGCUGGUGGUACUUUUGAGAAGUCUCAAAAGUACCAUCAACUCCUGCUCUUCCUCAACGUACGUCUCCAGUUCUUCAUAAAGUUUUUGCCCACUGCUGGUGGUACUUUUGAGAAGUCUCAAAAGUACCAUCAACUCCUGCUCUUCCUCAACGUACGUCUCCAGUUCUUCAUAAAGUUUUUGCCCACUGCUGGUGGUACUUUUGAGAAGUCUCAAAAGUACCAUCAACUCCUGCUCUUCCUCAACGUACGUCUCCAGUUCUUCAUAAAGUUUUUGCCCACUGCUGGUGGUACUUUUGAGAAGUCUCAAAAGUACCAUCAACUCCUGCUCUUCCUCAACGUACGUCUCCGGUUCUUCAUAAAGUUUUUGCCCACUGCUGGUGGUACUUUUGAGAAGUCUCAAAAGUACCAUCAACUCCUGCUCUUCCUCAACGUACGUCUCCAGUUCUUCAUAAAGUUUUUGCCCACUGCUGGUGGUACUUUUGAGAAGUCUCAAAAGUACCAUCAACUCCUGCUCUUCCUCAACGUACGUCUCCGGUUCUUCAUAAAGUUUUUGCCCACUGCUGGUGGUACUUUUGAGAAGUCUCAAAAGUACCAUCAACUCCUGCUCUUCCUCAACGUACGUCUCCGGUUCUUCAUAAAGUUUUUGCCCACUGCUGGUGGUACUUUUGAGAAGUCUCAAAAGUACCAUCAACUCCUGCUCUUCCUCAACGUACGUCUCCGGUUCUUCAUAAAGUUUUUGCCCACUGCUGGUGGUACUUUUGAGAAGUCUCAAAAGUACCAUCAACUCCUGCUCUUCCUCAACGUACGUCUCCGGUUCUUCAUAAAGUUUUUGCCCACUGCUGGUGGUACUUUUGAGAAGUCUCAAAAGUACCAUCAACUCCUGCUCUUCCUCAACGUACGUCUCCGGUUCUUCAUAAAGUUUUUGCCCACUGCUGGUGGUACUUUUGAGAAGUCUCAAAAGUACCAUCAACUCCUGCUCUUCCUCAACGUACGUCUCCGGUUCUUCAUAAAGUUUUUGCCCACUGCUGGUGGUACUUUUGAGAAGUCUCAAAAGUACCAUCAACUCCUGCUCUUCCUCAACGUACGUCUCCGGUUCUUCAUAAAGUUUUUGCCCACUGCUGGUGGUACUUUUGAGAAGUCUCAAAAGUACCAUCAACUCCUGCUCUUCCUCAACGUACGUCUCCAGUUCUUCAUAAAGUUUUUGCCCACUGCUGGUGGUACUUUUGAGAAGUCUCAAAAGUACCAUCAACUCCUGCUCUUCCUCAACGUACGUCUCCGGUUCUUCAUAAAGUUUUUGCCCACUGCUGGUGGUACUUUUGAGAAGUCUCAAAAGUACCAUCAACUCCUGCUCUUCCUCAACGUACGUCUCCGGUUCUUCAUAAAGUUUUUGCCCACUGCUGGUGGUACUUUUGAGAAGUCUCAAAAGUACCAUCAACUCCUGCUCUUCCUCAACGUACGUCUCCGGUUCUUCAUAAAGUUUUUGCCCACUGCUGGUGGUACUUUUGAGAAGUCUCAAAAGUACCAUCAACUCCUGCUCUUCCUCAACGUACGUCUCCAGUUCUUCAUAAAGUUUUUGCCCACUGUUGGAUUCCUGUGGUUCGAGUCCUUCUUUUUCCGCUCAGGCCUCAUGGCCUCCUCUCUGCUGCUCUUCCUCAACACACGCCCCUCCCCUGUUGAACCUUCUUCCCUGCCUCUUGCCAGCACCAAUAUCGCACAACUACAGUGCUACGCAACAGCAGGCGAGGCAAUCGUAUUUACCAUUCCCUCACUCCCAUUCAAAUUUUCCACCACCCCACCCAUCGUCGCCCCACCGCAGUACUAUGCAACAGCAGACGAGGCCAUAAACUAUUUCAACGCCAAGCGAUGCACCGAUGGAAAGGCCCUUGUGCUGCCCAGCCAGAAGCCCGACGACAUGUGGCACCAGUCGACACAGAGGGAGGGCGUGGUGGUAUUCGCCCUGCCUGGCGAGCGGGGCAUAGCCCCCGUGGAGGGCGACUUCUGCCUCAAGUUCAUCGACCGCAACGGGGAUUUCUACUGUGGUGGUGGUCGGUCGUUGGAGGGCGAUUGCUGCCUCUACCGCCCCUCUCCCCUCCCUCCCUCCGUCCCUUCCUCUGUCCCUCCUUCCCUCCCUUGCUCCCUCUCAUCCUCCCUCUGCAUGAUGCCCAACCGCCUUGUCAUUCCGUGUGAAGAAUUUGACAACUUCGACAAGGUGAGGGGCAUGGCACAGAGGAGGGGCACGGGUGAUGAUGCAGCGGGGGCAGCAAGGGGGGGGGAGGGUGGAAGGACUUUUGAGGCGCCUAAUAAACCGCCUUGUCAUUCCGUGGUGAAGAAUUCGACAACUUUGACAAGCGGGGGCAGCAAGGGGGGAAGGGUGGGAGGACUUCUGAGGCGCCUCAAAAACCGCCUCGUCAUUCCGUUUGAAGAAUUUGACUAUUUUGACAAGGUGAGGGCAGCUUACAGGUGCAAUGGGCAUCAUGCACUUGACAAGGAAGCAAUGGCGCCGUCUCCCAUCGCCCGGGCUGCAAGUGGAGGUAAUUCUGCUGGACCACGACGCCCCCCUGCCGCACCCCCAAGCCCUCACACAUCUCGCCUUCUCUCUCCUUGCCCCUCUCCUUGUCCCGCUUCACCCCCCAUGCUCGCUGCUCCCCCCUCAGCGCCGUCUCCCUUCACCCGGGCUGCAAGUGGAGGUCAUUCUGCUGGAUCACGACGCUCCCCUGCUAUCACCCACUCUUGCAUCUUCCCCCUCUCUCCCCCCCCUCUUUCUUCCCCUCGCUGCUCCCCUCAGCGCCGUCUCCCAUCGCCCGGGCUGCAAGUGGAGGUAAUUCUGCUGGACCACGACGCCCCCCUGCCGCACCCCAAGAAGAAAACCCCUGCUGCUGCCGCUGCUGCUGCUGCCACCUCGGCGCCUGCUAGCUCAUCUGCAGCAGGGAAGGGAGGAGCGACAGACGCCAAGGGGAAAGGCAAGGCUUCUGCUGCAAGUGCUGCGCCUGCUGCGACCAAGGCCUCGUCAGGCUUCUCACUCGCAGCUUCUUUCCAGAGCUUCAUGAUGGGAGCAACAGCCAAGCCCCAGGCGACGCCCCAGCAGCAACAGCAGCAGCAAAAGGCGAAGCAGAAACCUUCAGCUUCCGCUUCUGCCUCAGCAGGGUCUCGAACCACUGCUGCUGGCAACACUAAUUGUGGUGCUGGUGCUGGUGCUGCUGGUGGUUCGAGGGGACCAAAGCACUCACUUGAAGGUGGUAGUGGCACGGGCCAAUCAAAAGGGGGGGUGGGCGGAAGGAGGGCAGAGGAGGAGGACGAUAUGCACCCAGACAUCUUCAGUGACAGUGAUGAUGACGAGGAUGAGAGGGGGGAGGAGGAGAAGGAAGAGGUGGGAAGGGGGCGUGGAGCAGGUGGAGCAGGGAGGGUGGGGAAGGAGAGCAGGGAAACUCCGCCUCUGAUUGGACUCGAGGAGGUUUCUGGUGUUCCUUCCCCUGCAGCAGGGGUGGCCGCAGGAGGUGCAGCAGCAGCAGCAGCAGCAGCAUUGGGGAGAAUUGGUUCCCCAGCCGGUUCUGGCCUGAGCCUGACCUCCCUGGGAACAGCAGCUGGUACUGCUUCCAGCCCAGCAGCAGCAGCAGCAGCAGGAGCAGGAGCAGGAGCAGCAGGAAUGGCUGGGAGAGCUUCGUCGCCCCUCCGUGGCCCGUCCAACCCGGUAACCGCUGGGGCACAGGCAGGGGCAGGGACAGGGAUCACAGGAAGCACUGCUGCUGGUUCUGCCAGUCCUGUUAAAGCUGCUGCUGUUACUGCAGCAGCGGUCAAGCCGGCAGCAGCAGCAGGGGUGGGGGCAGGGGAGAGCAAGGACAAGGACUUGCAGUUCUUUGGGCCGUCGAGUGACUUUGCCAUUGCUGCUGCCAGCGCUGCUGAUGCUUCAGUGUUUUCUUUUGGUGAUGAUGAGGAUGACUUGGAGGACUUUUAG